AUGAAGAACAAGGCCUCUAAUUUGCUGAAGAAAAUCACGUCCGUUUUCAGUGUCAUAGCCAAGGCCAAAUCCAUGGCCGUCAACUCCAAAUUCAGCCCCACCAAAGCCCGCCUCCUCGUGCUCUCCAUGCUCAAGACCAAGAAACUUGUCAUGGAUUCCCUCUCCAACAAAAUCCACACCGUUCUCGGCCAGCACGACCGCAAUAACAACGACGACGACCGUAACAAGGCCAUUGUCCUCUACGACCAUAACCAGUACCGGGCGAGCCGGGGCGUGGUGAUGGUGGCCGAGGGCGAGGAGGAGGACAAGUAUCCGGAUUUGACACACUCGCUGUUCGACGAAGAAGAUGAUUACGACAUCGACGAUGCGAAGCUGCAGGCGGCGGGCGGUUCGAUCAUCGACAUGAUGAGGAACUCCAAGGAAGGGGAGGAGUUCAAGCUGGAGGAAGAGAUUGAUGAGGCUGCAGACUUGUUUAUAAAGAGGUUCCGCAAGCAAAUACGCUUGCAAAAGCUUGAAUCUUUCAAGAGACUUCAAGAGAUGCUGGCCAGAGGGACUUGA